AUGCUCCGUGUGCCUAUUGUGUUCGAGCAAGGGCGAAAGUAUGGUCAUGAUAUCCCCAAGGAGUUGAGGACACAACCUUCGAGUUUGGCGAACAAGAACAGACCCAACAGGGGCGUGGCUGAUUUGACCACGGAUUGGGAGGUAUUCCUGGCGCAUUUCAACCUCUUUAACAUGAUGCACAAGAAGUGGCAGUGUCACGAGGCGUUUGCCAGGGUCUGCAUGUGUUGGGGCACUAAUCAGUUGCUCACUGCAAUGUCCUAUUUCUCAUUGGCAUACUAUGGAGUGUUCUUCAACCAACCAUGGGCCGCUUAUGCUUAUACUAUAUGCUGCUUCACUGCUGCAUAUAUCCAUAUGCAGAUCAAUGCCCUCCUUACCCCUCGGGAGAAUAUGGUCAUGCUCUUCCUGUUGUUCGUACCACUCGCCCUUCAAUCUAUCGAUACCGCUCUGUAUAUCAACGAAGUGCAGAAGGAGGAUACCUAUGCUAUCACGGAGUUUGGUGGAGCAAUCACUGGCCUUGUGGCCGUCAUAUUGGCUGGAGGCUGGCAGGCUUUCUUCAUUUACCUGUGCAAACCUGAUGCCAAGGGGUUGCCCGUGAAGUUCUCUACGGUGUGGUGCAUUGACGUUAUGGGCUUUGGUGUUGAGACCAUGGAGGAGGUCGCUGAGCCCUUGGCCCAGCCUAAGCAUAUGCAAGCUGG